AUGAGUCUUGUUUAUUACUAUGUGGUCUUUAUUUCGAUCAUAUUAUUAGCUAUGGGAAGUUAUGUCAAUGGCGAUGGACCACCUUCACCAGGGUACUACCCCACCUCAAGAAUUGGCUCGAUAGGGUUCAACCAAGGGUUCGCGAAUUUGUGGGGCCCACAACACCAAAAGCUCGACAACGGCACACUCACCAUUUGGCUCGACACAACCACAGGGAGUGGGUUCAAGUCGUUGGUUCCUUACUCAUCAGGGUAUUUUGGAACUUCCGUUAAACUUCAGUCUGGUUACACUGCUGGAGUCAUUUCGUCGUUUUAUCUAUCGAACAAUCAAGAAAAUCCCGGUAGCCAUGAUGAGAUCGAUGUCGAGUUUUUGGGCACCACAUUGGAUAAGCCUUACGUUGUCCAAACAAAUGUGUACAUCAAAGGCAACGGGGACGGAGAUGUUAAGGUUGGCCGUGAAAUGCAAUUCCACCUUUGGUUUGAUCCUACUAAAGAUUUUCACAAUUACGGCAUUCUCUGGAAUCCUAAUGAGAUUAUUUUUCUCGUGGACGAUGUGCCGAUAAGAAAGUAUCCAAAGACAAAUGACACUACAUUUCCGGCAAGGCCCAUGUGGGUUUACGGGUCGAUUUGGGACGCGUCGUCUUGGGCCACCGAGAACGGGAAAUACAAAGCCAACUAUAGUUACGAGCCCUUUGUGGCUAACUAUUCUAAUUUUAAGAUAGCGAAGAUUGGAGGUGUCGCUCCGGCGGGGUCGACGGGGCUGAGCCGCCAGCAGUCGGCGGCGAUGGAAUGGGUGCAGAAUAAUUACAAGGUGUAUGAUUAUUGCAUUGAUCCACAAAGAGACCACAAGUUCACUCCCGAGUGCUAAGUUGCCAUUUAAUAUUAUCGAUUGGUUGGAUGUUUCGUGUAAUUAAUUUUAGUUCGGAGAGUAUUGAGAUGGCCAAACUUCCUAAUGAAUCUGGAAGUUAAAUAUUUGGUUUGUUUGGCCAUUAU